CGCCGUAGCGCGCUCUUUCUAGGGAGGCCUCAGGUUGCCAUGGCGGCGGCGGCGGCGGCAGUGGCGGUUUCCUUCGUCUCCGCUCGGCGCCUGUGAGGGGGAAGUGGGCGAGUGGGGCCUAAGUUGGCGCUGCCGACCCGGCCGGCCAUGGAGGACGAGCUGUACCUGGAGAACAUCGACGAGUUCGUCACGGACCAGAACAGAGUCGUAACAUACAAAUGGCUGAGCUAUACACUAGGUGUUCACGUCAACCAAGCCAAGCAGAUGUUGUAUGACUAUGUGGAAAGAAAGCGGAAGGAGAAUUCGGGAGCCCAGUUGCAUGUCACCUAUUUAGUGGCUGGCAACCUCGUUCAGAAUGGACACACAUGCCACAAGGUUGCAGUAGUGAAAGAAGAAAAGCUGGAAGCAAUGAAGUCAAAGCUGUCCACCAUUGCCAGCGUGCACGUCUACAGCAUCCAAAAAGCCAUGCUCAAGGACAGCAGUCCGCUCUAUAACACGGACUACGAUGUCAUCAAAGCAAACCUGCAGAACUGCAGCAAGUUUAGUGCUAUUCACUGUGCUGCUGCAGUUGCCAGGACAGCCGCUGAAAUGUCUCGCGCCGAAACCCCGGCCCAGGUGGAUCGCCAGCCACCUCAUGGCGUGGAUAAAGCCGCUACUCCUGUGGUCAACGGCCAUGCCCCAAGCGCUUCUUCAAAGCAGACCUCCCAGCAGGCCAAGGGCAUUAUGGGAAUGUUUGCGGCCAAGUCUUCCGCCAAGUCCCAGGAGACCCCGAAAGAGACCAAAGUGGAAGCUAAAGAGUCACCAAAUGCCUCCACAGCAAGUAGCAAGGCACCUGCUAAAGGAAAUCUGCUGAACAACUUCUUUGGAAAAGCUGCUCUGGGCAAAGCGAGUUCUGAACCCGAACAGCGAAAGGAAGAGAAAGCUGCAGCCAAGUCCCCGGUGGAACCCAAAUCGCUUCCGGGUGCAGCAGAACGUGAGAAACCCAGCAAGAAAGCUGACCCUGCAAGAGGACAGCAGAAGGACAAAAAAAGAACAAAGAGGCUGGAGAUGUCAGACGAGGAGGAGAAAGAGGUUGAGAGCCUGAAGAGAAAGAGGCGUCGGAUCAAACAUCCUCAACCCGACAGCAGUGAAGACGAGGAUGUCCCGGAAUCGCCUGUAACUCCUGAAGUGAAAGACCUUUCUCCUGAGCCAGACCCGAACCCAGAGCCUGAUCCUCUGCCCAUGGAGGUAAAGACUGGUUUUGCAGGCAUGUUUCAGACAGUGGGAAACCCCACAUUCUGAACAUGGGGUUGUCUU